AUGUCGAAUGAUGGAGGAAAGAGAAAGAGGGAUGAUGUAGAUGGAAAACCUCACUCGAAUUCAUCAUUCAAAAAGAAGGGCAAAGGAACCUCGAAUUCACGACAUGCAAAUCGAUUUGCGGUGAUCAAAGGGCCUGGAAUAUUCGUGAGCUGUGUGCGUGGAAGGGAGCGAAAGGCAGCAUUCGAAUUGAUUGAUAUCCUGGAAGAGCUGGUGGAUCAUCAGGAUGGGGAGAAGGAAGGCAUAAAUGGCUCUUCUUCAGCCAAGAAUGAGCAAGAGACGAACACAUCGAAGCGCAAUGAUGAUGAUGAUAUUGAGUCACAGAUAGCCUCUGAAUUACAAGAAUUCAAAACACCUGCAUCAGCCAAAGAUAUACAAAAAGGAUCAAAAGCGAAAAAAUUUGUUCCAGUCUUCACAGAUAUGGAAUGUUUCUUUUUUAUCGAGGUAAAGCCACCAUUCGAUCCGAUCCAAUUGACAUAUGAUUUACUGGAAGAUGUCAAAAAGACAGGCAUUGCAAGAAGUAGAUUUGUGCAUCGUCUAUCACCAGUCUCGGAUACCUGUUUUGCCGAUUUGGUGGAUCUGACUGAAUUGAUCGAUCGUUUGGUCAAACAAGAGAACUUUGUGGCCCCGGCCGAGUCUUCUACCGACUCUUCAGAGCUCACGUUUAAGGUGGAUAUUAAAACACGAUUGAACGAUAAAUUGUCCAAAUCGGAUAUCAUUCAAACACUGGCAAAACGAAUGCCUACAUUUGCAAGAGCAAAACUUGAUUCACCCGAAUUGGUAAUCAAUGUAGAUGUCUUUCGAAUGACUGUCGGUAUUGCAAUCGUACGGCAUUUUGACCGGUUUCGUAAAUUUAAUCCGAUCAUGCUCGCCGAGCACCAGCAAACUCAAGGCGAUGCCAACGUUUCGAAUCCAACACUUUCUCGAGUCGCAAAUUCAUGA